AUGGCAGCUAGAAUCUCCCUCACUCCCCCAGACUUCGGCUUUCCUUGCGCCGGCAACAAGACUCACUCCGGUCUCUGCGAUACGCCACUAUGCCUCCGGCCGACCUCACCCCCCGGCGGUACUCACCGCAUGGACAUGAGUGGCGAGGAAGAAAAGCCCGCCCUGGAGCUAUACGGUGUGAACCUGACGGACAAAGCUAAAGCUGGAAAGCUGGACCCGGUCAUCGGAAGAGAUGCUGAAAUCCAUCGGACCAUCCAAGUUCUGUCACGACGUACCAAGAAUAACCCUGUGUUGAUCGGUGCGGCUGGAACUGGUAAAACUGCAGUGUUGGAAGGCCUGGCCCAGCGCAUUGUACAAGGCGAUGUUCCCGAGAGCAUCAAGAACAAGCGCGUGGUUUCACUGGACCUGGGUUCGUUGAUUGCGGGUGCCAAGUUCCGUGGUGACUUCGAGGAACGUCUCAAAAAGGUUCUGAAGGAAGUCGAAGAUGCGCAAGGCGGGGUCAUUCUCUUCAUUGACGAGCUUCACACUCUGUUGGGACUGGGCAAGGCUGAGGGUAGCAUUGAUGCCAGUAAUCUAUUGAAGCCCGCUUUGUCCAGAGGCGAACUUCAAUGUUGCGGUGCUACGACUCUGAACGAAUACCGAUUGAUCGAGAAGGAUGUUGCUCUCGCCCGUCGAUUCCAACCUAUCCUUGUCGGUGAGCCAUCGGUUGCCUCCACAAUCUCUAUCCUCCGUGGUAUCAAGAAUAAAUAUGAAGUCCACCACGGUGUUAGAAUCACGGAUGGUGCCCUGGUUGCCGCAGCCACCUAUAGUAAUCGCUAUAUCACCGACCGUUUCCUCCCAGACAAGGCUAUCGACCUGGUGGAUGAAGCCGCUUCCGCACUUCGCCUUCAGCAAGAAUCCAAGCCUGAUACCAUUCGCGAGCUGGAGCGGGAAAUCACCACCAUUCAAAUCGAGCUCGAAUCUCUUCGCAAGGAAACCGACGUGAGUAGUCGUGAACGUCGUAAUAAACUUCAAGAAGACCUGAAGGUCAAGCAAGAUGAGGUCGGAAAAUUGACCGAGGUCUGGGAAAAGGAGAAAGCCGAGAUCGACGGGAUCAAGCGUACAAAGGAGAGUCUGGAACUUGCACGAUUCCAGCUUGAGCAGGCUCAGCGUGAAGGCAACUUCGCCAAGGCUGGUGAGCUCAGAUACUCCACCAUCCCUGAACUCGAGGCCAAGCUGCCCAAGGAGGGAGCAGAACAAGAUGGAGACAAUCAAUCUUUGAUCCACGACUCUGUCACUGCCGAUGAUAUUGGCAAUGUAGUUUCUCGAACCACCGGAAUUCCGAUCAAUAAGCUCAUGGCUGGCGAGGUCGAGAAGCUGAUCCACAUGGAGGACACUCUUCGCAAGUCUGUCCGCGGCCAAGACGAAGCGCUUUCUGCUGUUGCCGACGCGGUGCGCAUGCAGAGGGCGGGUCUUAGCGGUGAAAAUCGUCCGCUGGCCUCUUUCAUGUUCCUUGGACCGACUGGUGUCGGAAAGACCGAGCUUUGCAAGAAAAUGGCCGAGUUCCUGUUCUCCACCGAGUCUGCAGUUGUGCGCUUUGACAUGAGUGAAUUCCAGGAGAAGCACACCAUCAGUCGUCUGAUCGGGUCUCCUGCUGGAUACAUUGGCUAUGAUGAUGCUGGUCAGCUUACGGAAGCAGUUAGGCGCAAGCCAUAUGCCGUGCUUCUGUUCGAUGAGUUCGAGAAGGCUCAUCGCGAUAUUUCCGCAUUGCUUCUCCAGGUCCUCGACGACGGCUUCCUCACGGAUGCUCAAGGCCACAAGGUUGACUUCAGAAACACUUUGAUUGUUCUGACCUCGAAUCUCGGAGCCGACAUAUUGGUCGGUGCUGACCCUCUGCAUGCCUACAAGGAUGAUGGCGCAUCUGAGGUCCCAUCGGACAUCAAGCGGGCUGUAAUGGACGUUGUUCAAGGGUCUUACCCGCCCGAGUUCCUGAAUCGCAUCGAUGAGUUCAUUAUUUUCAAGCGCCUCUCCCGUGAGGCCUUGCGUGACAUCGUCGACAUUAGAAUCAAAGAACUUCAGGGACGCCUUGACGACCGUCGGAUGACCUUGAAGGUGGAUGGUGAGAUCAAGGACUGGCUCUGUGAGAAGGGCUACGACCCUAAGUUUGGCGCACGCCCUCUCAACCGGUUGAUUGCCAAGGAGAUUGGAAACCGCUUGGCUGACAAAAUCAUUCGCGGCGAGAUCAUUUCUGGCCAGACUGCUCGUGUCUCUCUCAAUGCUGAUAAGUCUGCAUUGCAGGUUUCUGCGGAGGGUAUUGAAGAAAGUGCAUGA